AUGCCAGAGGCCCCCCAGACCCGGCCGGGCCGGAGCAGAGCAGUGCCCCCAGCCCUCCAGGAGCGGACGGGCUCUGCCAAGCCCGACCUGGGCACUGCCCCCAGCCCAGGGACACGCGAGGGCUUUGCCCGAGAGCCGUGCCCAGAGCAGCAGAGCUGUCACACCCCAGCUGGUUCUGGUUGGCCCUGGGAGCUGCUCCUGUGCUCCUCCUGCGCUGCUGAGGGCACCCACAGGCGCUGCUCUGGCCUGAGAAACCGCAUAGAGAGCUGGGAGUGUGACAGCUGUGCUGGUGUCGGAACGGCUUCCAUGGAUGAGUCAGAGCUCAGUGGCCCCAGCCUGACCAGACAGUCAGGACUGGAGCCUGCUCAUGGCUCCUCAGCACCUGAGGCCAUCAGCCCCAGCUCCAGCACCCUGGUGCCAUCGGGGCUGGAUCCCCAGUCUCCAUCUGUGGAGACCAGCAGCAGCCACCAGCACACAGUAUGGCUGCAGUCUCUGCUGUCUUCUUCACUGGACACCAGCAGCCCCAGCACAUCAAGCUCAACGUACAGCACCUCGUCUGACCCUGAGGACAGGGUCCAUUCCAGACGUGCUGGGCCCAGCUGCAGGCCAACCCGCUCUCACCAGCAAGGUCGGGCCCCAGAAGGACCCGUCCAAUGGAGGAGUCGCUGUGACAGGAGCAGGAGGACAACCACGAGGACUGAGAGGCCCAGGCGAAGGGAGACACCUUCACAGGCAUCCCCGGGAUGCAGCCGCGCCCGCCAGCAAGGUCAGGCCCAGAGUCCGCCUGCCCGGUCCAGGAGUCGCCGUGACAGGAGCAGCCGGACAAGACCAAGGACUGAGAGGCCCAGGCCAAGGGAGACGUCGUCAGGGACAUCCCCCAGACGCAGCCGCGCCCGCCUGCAGCGCCGGGCCUCGAAUCAACCUGUCCUGUCCAGGAGUCGCCAGGACAGGAGCAGCAGGACAGCAGCAAGGGCUCAGAGGCCCAGGCGCAGUGGGGCACCGUCAGGGAUGUCCCGCAGGAGCAACCGCUCCCGCCAGCGACGCCGGGCCUCAACUGGGACCUACAACAGCAGCACAUAGUGGCAUCUUUUCUUUCUAGUCCAUCUGUUUGCUGCCGUGUGGUGCUGUGUUUUUGUGUUAAAUUUGUGCUUUUCCCCUCU